AUGAAGAGGAACGGUGAAACCAAGCGGCGGAGGAACGUGGGGGAAGAGUCGGAGCAUGGAGGAGAUCCAGCGAUGUGGGAGGAUCUAGACCGGAAUUUCAGACAAGUGCAAUCCGUUUUGGACAGAAACAGAUCACUUAUACAGCAAGUCAACGACAACCACCAAUCAAGAAUGGCAGAUAACAUGUCCAAGAACGUUGCUUUGAUCCAAGAACUCAACGGAAACAUCUCUAAGGUUGUUUCAAUGUAUUCUGACCUCAACACCAAUUUCUCAUCGGCCUUUCACGGUGGGAAGAACGGACGUGACGGUGGUGGAAACACCGGAACCAGAGCUAAUUAA